CAGAAUCCUUAAACUGAAACCUGGAUUGGUUACAUCACUAGACAGCGACCAUCCUGAAAGAGCAAAACGUUUCUUAUGGCAAAGCAAAGGAUGGACAGUCGAAGAUGGAUGGAUUUGGAUGGCUCAUGGGUGUACAGCACAAGUCCUGUCAGUAGACAGACAGACAAUCAUCUGAAAUACAGCACAUUACCCGGAGGAAACCUGGAUAGGCACAGAGCAGAUGCUGAUGUUUCUGGGAGACCAGGAGAUGACAGAGGGAAAUACUGUACAAUCCCUGGCAGGUUUGUCAGCAGAGAACCAGAGAGAGAGCAGAAUCCAUACAGACUAUGGACUACCUCCAGAUUGCCACAGAGUAUGAUCCUGCAAGAUUCUACAAACUGGGAUCCCAAUGCCCCACCCCAAACUAGAAAGUCCACAAUAGUGAGAAUGACACAAAAUGCAGAUACAAGAACUGAUGCAAGAGUAAGAGACCGAAUCCAUUAUGAAUGGAACAAGGAUAUAUCCAGGAGAAAAACUUUAGAUCAAGAAAGAAAAAGACAGAAGUUGCAGAAAGAAGCACAUGCAGAUAUGUUGACUUAUUCCCCAUCAACUAAGCGCAGACAUAAAGGGAAGCUCGUACAAAUGGAUUCUUUCUAUGGAGGGUGGGAGCCUCAUUAUACAUUGGACAAUAAGGUGAAGGUAGCAAAGUAUGAGGAGUGGGAACCUUUGGCUCGCCCACCUAAGGCUUUGCAGACUCAUUCUGAACCGAUGAAGGAGGAACUGCCUCAUUCAGAAAAAACAAAAUCACUUAUGGCAAGCACUAAAGAAACAACUCUGGAAAAGAAAAGGUGGUGGUCUAAGCUUGUAAAACCAUCUAAAUCGAGGUUGACCAAUGCGAUCAGUUCAGAGGUUCUACAAGACAAAACAAGUAAACUCUAUAUGGAGCAAGGCCCAAUAAUGAACCAUUGCAUUUACAAACAAGAAGGUUUCAAGGAAAACUGGCCCCAAAUAAGAAAGAGAAAGGGACCUCCACCUUAUGUUCCACCGCCUUCUUAUGAUUACCCACAUCGUAUCUUCCCUAUUAAUAAAGAAAAACUCACUCAUUCUAGAGAAUCUAACCAAAGUGGCGUUAUACAUGCUAUAAUUCUGAAAGACGAUGGGAACUGUCAAGAAAGGAGAGAAAAAAUGGCAAGAUAUAGUGUGGAGCGCCCUAAAGCAUCCAAGGUAAACAUAUUGUCUAUCCCAAAUGUGAGAGAGAACAGAGUAGAGGAGAAACUUACAUUUGACUCAACAUAUCAGAAUAUAAUGCAGGGCAGAACGCUUCCUCAAGCCCAUGGCACAUGGCCAGGAUCUAAAUCUGAUGACCUCCUUGAUCACAUUUAUGAAAUUGUGGAAGGUGGAGGGAUUCCGCUUACUACCAAUUUACCCACUUUCCGCACAAAUAAGUCUGACGUGGGCUUGCAGAUUGGUGAAAUGAUCUAUGAAACCGUUUCCAUACCAGCGCAUGGAGAGCCAUUAAUGCCAUACACAUUGCCAAGGACAAGUAGCAAAGGAAUACAUAAUGAAAAUGAGACAACCAGAAGGAAAACUAAAAGUACUGUGAAUCGUAGCCAGCGACAAAUGCCACCUUUUGAUGCUCGCCUACCAAUUCCUCUGAAUGGAGUAAAACUGCCAAGAGAAUUGGGUUUCAGCUAUACAAGUGGGAAAUUAAAAAGUAUGGAUAAAAGGACUGGGGAAGAUUACAGAAAUAUUAAAGAAUCAGACCAUUAUGAACCAGGGCAUGAGUGGAGAAGACCGUUGAGAGUUAUAGCAAAUACAGAAUCAAAAGCAAGAGGCCCAUCAAAUUCAUUGUCAAAUAAAGGUAAGUACAGUUGGCAUAGUCAUACUCUUCCUUUGAAGAAAAACUUAAUGAAAACAUAUAAACAGGAAGAAAUAUCUUACGUUGAUUCUCGAAACCAAAUAAUAUCUAGUCGGGAUGCAGAUUUUCUUAAGUGGAGAGAACCUGAAAAAAUCUGCACUUUUCCAGGCAGGGGCCAUAAUCAAAACCAGUGGAGGCAUGAAGAUGGCCUAAGACCAGCAAUGAAACCUGAUCCUUCUAGAGCACGGAGGUCUGAGCCUUCUGCUACACACAACCAUGAGGAAGGGCCAAGAAUUAAACCAAAAGAAGCUGCUUCAGAGAAAAUGCAGCAUCCAUUAUCCAAAGAAAGUGAUGGGAUGUUUGUUAUAGAUGCAACUUGUGUUGUUGUAAGAGCAGAGUAUAUUUUUCCACCAAUUAUGGAGCAAGUUACAUUUCUACAUACUGGAACUUCCAAAGGAGAUAUCCUCUUCAAUAAAGUUAACUCUACAUGUUUUGAUAAGAAUGAGAAAAUAUCUAAUUUGUCUUCUCAUCCAAAGCCUUUUUCAAAUUUAACUCUAAAAACCUGUUCACAGAAGACUCAUUCCAAAGCUCAACACUGUACCGAGCUCUCCAAAGAGAAAGUAGCUCCAAACCUAAAGGAAAGAGCAAUUCGUAUUCUGGGGCUUUCUGUGGGGGAACUGGAGUCCCUUAAUGAAAUUAGAGAUUAUCACAAAAUAAAUAGCUGUAGGAAAGAAGCUGGUAAUGCGGAUCAAGAGCCCGGAGCCCAAGAACAAGAAUGUGAGGUACAUAAUAAGAACCCUAAUGGAAAUAAUAACAGAAAAGAAUCUAAGAUCAGGAAUUAUAAAGAGAUGCCGUGCAUUUUAGAGGUUGCUGAUUUACCAGCAGUUUCUUCAGGGGUGGAAGAUCAUAGUGUACAAAUGAUUGGCCAACAACCACUGGACAAUAAUGCCACCAUAGACAUUGAUGAAGCAGAACAAAAGAUAUUAAAUGCUGACAUACAUAAUAAAAACAUUAUUGAACCAUCUAACAUCAAGCUUCAACAUGUAGAAAAUCCAGCAACAGCAGCAUCUGAAGAAAAUUCUGAUUAUGUACAAGAACUAAAGCAUCAGAGCUCAUCUCUGAUGGAAGUAGACUCAUGUUUGGUGGAGGGGAACAGCAUCGAUGUAACUACCUCCCCAGGUAGAGUUUCUGAUUAUAUGAAAACUGAAACAGCCAUGAAAGAGCAGUUACUGGAGGAUAUGGGGCCUAAUCCUGAUGAACAACCCUGUAUUACACCAACCAAAACUCUAGAGUGUCAGGUCCCUGAAAAGCAAGGACAAGCUGAGUGCAUGUUAGUAGACACGAAGAAGGAGGAAGGUCAUAGUAAGGGAAAUGACAAAGAAGAAAGACUUUUAUUACCGAUGAAUACAAAAGAACAACACCCCACUGAAAAUCAAGGGCAGGUAGAAAGCACCAAAUGUGCAAAAGCUGGUCCAGGUUCUGCAGGUCCUGCUGAAUGCAGUGACCCAGAUCAUCCGUACCUGCCACUCAGUAGGCAAAGAGAUACUGGCUAUUGUGUGAAUCGUCAAACCGAUCAAACAUCCCCCCAGCCCAUGGUGAGAACAUAUACAAGAAGGCUUAAUUACUAUGCCAAAGAUCUAAGGGAAGCCGUGUCCCGUAUUAGACGUCACACUGCCCCAGACUCUGACACAGAUGAGGAUUUAGAGCAGCCUGUUUGUGACUCGGUAAAGUCUGAGGAACACUUACCAGAUGAAUGUGGCACAUCAUGCAGCUCAGACACAUCAGACUCUGAAGUCACAGUCAUAUUGUGUGAAGCCAUAAAGGAAGAAGAAACAGUAUCCAUGUCUGAUGUUAGUGAAGGUACAAAUGGACAAAGUAGAGUAGAAUCGUAUACAUUAGACUAUAUGGCAGCAGAAUCUACACUAGUUGCGUUGCAAUAUGAUGAGAUGGGAGAAGAGUCUUACAUUCUCCAGGAACCUGAGCAAGAACCUGUGUUUGAUUUAAGCAGUUGCAUUGAUGAGAUACUCCAGGAUCUGAAUAAAACCAAACAAGAAUUCUUUCCAAAUGAAGAAGACAAUUGAAUUGUAUUAACAAACACCAGCCCUUCAACAACAGGGAUCAGGAGGCUCUGGAGCGCUGACUUCUGGAUUGAGUUGGAAUAUUCCCCACCAGUGAUGGAGCCUGCUGGUUAUUGAAGAAACUUUUGAUGCAAUGAGAAAAUUUGAAGAGUAAUACACAAAAAUCGGGAGUCUCUAAUUAGACAUAACAUAAACCACUGUCUGCCAUUCACUAACAUAGCCAAAUAAACAAUAUAACGUUAUGUAUGUAGUUUAAUAUUAGCAAGGACACUCUCUUUACCAUUUUUCAUAUAACUGGUUUGGUAUUUUAACUGUUUGAAAUUAUUUAUUUGCAGCGAUAUUCAUGACACCUGCCUUAACCACUUGCCUGGCAUGGCCGCAUGAGAUGUGACCAUGCCUGCAAGUGCUCUAUCUGACCUGGUCGCACAGGAUGCGACCAGUCAGAUAGAGAGUGUUAGCACCGGCAGGGAAGAUAAACUUCCCUCUGCUGCUGCUGUCAGAAGGACCGGAAGGCCCCUCUGCCUCCCCGUACUCUCCCCUACUGAUUGUCGUGCUGCUGAUCGGUCAGCAUGGCAGCAGCACCCCCCCCCCCCCUCCAGCGGCUGCAGACAAUGUCAGCCGCUGGGGAGUGUAAAUUAACCCUCCCAAGCCACCCCCAGACCCCCCCUGAAUACCCGGAGACUGCCCCGGCUUUCAAAAUGAAAGCCGCGAUGUUCCCGAUCGAUGUUUCAAUGUUUUUAAAUAUUUUUUUUACAAAAAUGUUUUUUUCUCUUUUUUAACUAAAAUAGUUUGGGAUAGAGUCAAAUUCAUGUUCAUCACCUAAUUCACUCAUAAAAAACCCCCAACAAUUUCGGAGCGAUGUUUGGUGAAAUAAAUAGUCAGUUAAGUGGUUAAUAAUUACCAGUAAUAUAUAGGAAGUUUACAAACGUUUAACAUAUAUUCAAAAUAUAAGGUAGACAUAUGUAUAUAAUCCCUGAGGAAGGUUUAAUAAAACUGGAAUGUUGGAAAUAA